AAUAGCCAUUGUUCAACGUUCACAUCUCCCCGGACCAGGGCCAUCUUCAGCCCCUCGGACACAUCGCCCUACUUCCAAUACAUCCUCCACUGCCUCUCCUCUGCCGUCAUCAACAGUAUCUCCAGCGCACUGUUCGCCGACUUGCCGCCCAAGUUUGCCGGGAAACGCACCACGAAACACUUCUGUGGCGACCGGGGCUCAGAAAAAUUCCUGUUCACCGGCAGCCAGUGGCUGCUUUGCAUCUGUUCGCAGUGAUUCGCUACUUCCCACCUCGUCCAGUCUUGUUGGCAUGACCUCGAGCCUGCCCGUGUCAACCAUGCAGACGAGCGGAUCUGGUGGACGUGCAGCUACCAGCAUGUCGAGACGAUCAGACGCAGGAAGAAUCACGGCAACUGCACGAUCAGGCUUGACGAGUACUGGAACAAGAGUAAGCAGGCGCUUCAAAGUACUUACACUGACACUCGCAUUGAAGCUCUCACUCUCUUCAGUAAUAGGAUGA